AUGGCAGCGCCGAGCAUCGAAGCCGGCAGCGAGAUUGAGGAGGUCAACACAGAGCAUCUAGGCUUCCGCGCAUUGGCACAAGGCGCCGAAGGAGCGAAGAAACUCAAGAUCCUAAGCCCAUGGCCCACCGACCGCAUACCACCCGCAUCCGCAACCCUCCUCUCCAUCGCAUCCAAACCCGGUCUGCUCGCCGCGGCCGGUCCAGAUGAACUCAUCGUCACAACGACCGAGAAGAUACGCAAGUGUUUCAACAAAAAGGCUGGCGAGUGGGACGUCAUCGCCGACUUCGAAGCCGACGUUAGCAUCCCGCUGAACGAUCCGUUGCGCCAUGUCGUUUUCUCAACAGGGGGAGAGUUCUUGGUCAUAUCCGCUGAGGCCAAGGGCGCAUUGGCCGUCUUCGAUGCGCAGGAACUCGCGAAGGGGAACAAGCAGCCGGAGCGCCAGAUCCAGACCGAAGGUGUUGCUGUCCGCACGUUGGCGGCCAACCCUAAUGAGACCACGGGCCAUUACAUGGCAGUAGUGCUGGACACUGGCAAGCUGUGGCUCGUGGACAUUGAACGAGACAAGACAAACCAGCUUAAGGACUCCGGAACAGCCUGCGUGACCUGGAGCACCAAGGGCAGGGCUGUGGCAGCAGGCUUGCAAGACGGCACCGUCGAGAUAUACAUGAGCGACGGAACGCUCAAAGGCACCAUCCCCCGCCCUCCAGAGGUGGAUGACAACUAUGAGGUGACAGGUCUUACGUGGAUCAAAACCUCAGAGCUCCUCAUCAUUCACAGCCCGAAGGCGGCCGCACAGACCGACAUUCCGGACAGCAAGUACCAUCUGGUCGAGUGCAACAAAGCCUGGAGCGCCUUUGAUUUCCACUCGCUAUAUUACGACCCACUCCUAAUGGCGACUGACGUCCCAGACCGAGCACUCCCUCCCCGCAUAUCUGCUACACGGCUGCAAAACUGGGACCCAGACAUCGUCGAGAUGCUUAUCCUGACUACCUCGCACACGGAUGCCAUUGAGAUGUUCACUACCACUAGCAAACCUUUGGCAGGCGAGCAACAACAUACCGGGAAAUUGGCUCUCAUGACUUUUGAAGAUACGAGGAAGGCUGCUGUACCCCGCCUCGUGUUUGGUGAAGAUGGCGACAGUGUUCUCGUCGGAGAAGCGCUAGAUCUCUCUGCCACAGAGAAGAUCCUGCGGCCUGUUCCAACUCUGGAGGAGAUCAACGAGGCGCCGCAUCCCCUUCCCGCUUACAUGGUGCUCACACAUCAGGGUAUCCUCAUGGCUUGGUGGAUAGUUUGGGACAAGUCCAUUGAGCAGGGCACUUGCUACCCGGGUCUCGUCAGCGGUAGUGAACAGGCGUCCUCCACACCACAAGCUGCAAAGACGGCAGCGCCAGCAGACCCGACCUCGCAACCAAGUUCCGGCUUUGGGCAGCCUUCUACUCCAGCUGCAGCACCAUCGGCUUUCGCGAAGGCGCAAGCUACGUUUGCGAAUCCCGCGGUUUCCGUGCCUCAAUUUGGUGCUACGGGCCUGGGGUCUACUCCUCCAUUCAUUCCUAAGCCAGCACAACCUGCAUUCGGUGCUGCUCCAUUUGGUUCCACUGCUGCUGCAUCCAAGCCUGCCGCGCCAGCUUUCGGGUCACCCUCGGCCAUAGGCGCACCCAAAAAUACAGGGUUCGGAGCUGUAGGCUUUGGCAAACCAGCAUCUGUUUGGGGUGCAGCCGCACAGACAGCAUCCACUCCUCAAGCUGAGGCCAAUCCCUUCUCAGCUGCUGCCGGUGGCGCUACAGGCUUCGCAAAAUUUGGUAAGACUGCUGGAGCUUCGUCUUUCUCAAGCUUUGGUAGCAACACUGGCACUCAAUCCGGAUUUGGAUCAUUUGGGCAACAGCAGCAGAAGUCUGCAUUCCCUGGUCUGAAGACCGAGCCUAGCGGGUCUACGAUUACACUUGGCUCUGGCACUGGAUCAUCUCUCCCGUCAUGGGCUAAUACCCCAGCCCAAGGUGGCUCCGUCUUCGGGGGAGGCGGCUUCGGAACUCAGAGCAAGUCUUCAUUCAAUACCUCGUCGUUCGAGUCAAAAUCCUCAGGUGCAAGUGGUGCGGACGAUCGAAAGCGGGACGAGGCCACACCAACACCACAACCCCCUCGAGGCCUGUUUGGAGAGUUCAAGCUUGGGUCAACCUUUCAAGGCGAUGGCACUGCGAAGGACGAUUUGCCGAAACCACCGGAUCGGCCGACGAGUUCACUGUUUGGAAACGACUUCUCGACUGCACUCGUUGACAAGAACUCACAGCCCCCGGCGACCCCAGCUAAGGAGGCAAGCAACAACACAGCGCAAGACUUCUCUACUACCCCAGCAUCGCCCCCGAGACAACAGAAGUCGCUGUUCCCGACUACCACACCAGCGAAAGAGAGCGCAACUCCCAAGGCACCGCCGCCAAUCGAUACUAGCUCCAAGACAGACGAUGCACCACUUCCUCCGGACUUCUUGGCAUCAAAGCCAUCGAAUUCUGCCGAUGAUGAUCUGCCUCCUCUUGCUGGAAGUCCUGGCGUGAAGGUAGAAGCGCCCACCUCAUCAGUCGAAGCAUCGCCAAUCGACGAUGAUGAUGACAGUGACUUCUCGGAAGAAGAUGAGAACGAGGAAGACGGAGACGAGGUUGAAGAAGUUGAAGAAGGUGAGGAGCAUCCUCCCUCGAAUGCUUCGCGUGGACCGCAGCCGCAGGCAGGAAAUUGGAGUUUUCAAGAGAGUGUCAGCCAGUCACCUCGUGUCUUUCCUCCGGCACCCACACCACCGGCUGCCAAAUCUGGCGCACCGUCUACUUCAGGCCAGAACGCAUCGUCAUCCCAACCUUCGCUGUUCGGCUCGUCGAAGCUUGCACAAGUCACGCCGAUGUGGGGACAGCAGGCACAAAAGCCUACUACUGCAGCAAAACCAUUCUUCCCACCGCCCGCCAACCGCGCUCAGGAGAGCCUCCGCUCACCAAGCCCGAUGCGAUCUGCAUCCACUUCGGCACUUCGGACAAGGAGAGAACCUAUUGCUGCCCCGGGCUCGUCGUUGAGUGCAUCCAUUCAACAAGCAAAACCACCCACACCACAGCCACAGGUUUCCGAUCUGGAAGAUGAAGAGGAUCAACGCAUGCGCGAGCAGCUGGCGCGAGAUAUUGAGCCAAGUCGCACUUUAGAUGAGUUUGUUGCUUACCAGAACUACACUGGCAGCAAGUCACCAAGCAAGACUGGCCAUGCUGCUCAGAUCGAGAUGAUGUACAAGGACAUCAACGGCAUGAUUGAUGCUCUCGGCUGGAACGCUCGAUCUGUCAAGUCUUUCACAGAAUACCACAAGCAGCCUCAGGCUGGUCACAAUGUCGAUCAACGCACAUUAGAAGAUGUCGAAGCGGAAGGCGAGGAAGGUUCUUGGUUCGACCAAUGGGCAUUGUGCGAGAUUGAUGCUCUGAAGUCGCUAGAAGACGAGCUGGACCAAGAACUGGACGCCGGUCGGGUACAAGAUGUGCUUGACAAGCUCAGGCAGUUGGCCCGCCUCCUGAACGAUAAGGCGAAGCUGACGACACGCCUCAACGAUGUCCGCCGUCAGAUCAUCAAUCGCAAAGACCCGGAGAAGACUGAAGCAUCGCGCAAGGCGCCUUUGUCGAAGGAAAUGGCAGAGAAGCAGAAGUCACUGCGCAACCAAUAUGCACAAAUCCUCAAGCUGGUAAGCCAAGCCGAAGAGGGGACCGUGUUCCUCAAGUCACGUCUCGCUUCGUAUUGUGCAGAGAAUGGCAAGACCAGCGACGUGCGUGUGCCGACUGUUGAUGCUGUUAAGAAGACCAUCAUCAAGAUGACUGCACUGGCCGAGAAGCGUAACUCUGACAUCACUCUCCUCGAGGCUCAACUGCGCAAGAUCGGCCUCUCGGAAUCUAGCCGCCCUUCGUCAUCCUCCUCGCGCAUUCUAGGCACGCCUCGACGAUCACGCGGUGCAAGCAUGCGUAGCAGCAUGGCUGAGUCUCCGUUCGCUACGCCUCCUACGAACCGUAGCAAGAUGAGCUUGAGCGAGCUCAAUCGCCGUGCCCUCACACCCGAUGUCGACAUAACGCCUACUGCGAAAAAGGGAGGCUAUGGUCUCGACUAUAGCACCGAACUCAGCAAAACGUCAGGAAACGAGCUCAUUCGCAUGGGCGAACUGGUCGAUGAGAACAUCGACAGCCUGAGGGCAACUGCAAGGCGGAGGACACAAGUCGCAGCAGGCUUGAAGAAAGCGCUACUUGAGCGCGGUGUCAAGAUUACGCAGGUGAAUUGA